UCACGUCAUUGCGACAGCAGGAACCGCACUGCUUUACGGCAGAGCGUGCUCGCUGGAGGUCAGGUACAUGACAAAACAUCUUCCUCCGUUAACCGGCGAGAAAUGCAGCUUUUCUUGAUAAAUUACACUUUAGGUUAAAAACAAACUCAAAAGGUCAACCAUAACAGGUUUUGGUCAACUUGGCGGCUUUGUGUGUGAGUGUCUUAGCUGCGGUCACUAAGAGUUACAUCAUAGCAUCUUAGCUCGGGACGGACGAGCUCUGUUGGGGCCUUUUUUUCCCCGCUCAGACAUGGACAACAACUCUCAAAGCUCCGGGGGACUUAAAGGUGGUUUUGGCGGUCUCUUCGGAGGUGGAGCACCGGAAUAUUCCAACACGGAGCUCGCCGGCGUUCCUUUGACUGGAAUGAGCCCCCUGUCCCCUUACCUCAACGUGGACCCUCGUUACCUGGUUCAGGACACAGAUGAGUUCAUUCUACCUACAGGUGCUAACAAAACCAGAGGAAGGUUUGAGCUGGCUUUCUUUACCAUUGGAGGCUCCUGCAUUACAGGAGCUACAUUUGGCGCUUUGAAUGGUUUCAGGAUGGGCCUCAAGGAGACCAGAGACAUGGCGUGGUCCAAACCACGUAACGUACAGAUAAUCAACAUGGUGACCAGACAAGGUGCUUCAUGGGCCAACACUUUGGGAUCUGUUGCCCUGUUGUACAGCGCGUUUGGUGUGGUGAUCGAGAAGGCCCGAGGAGCCGAGGAUGACAUCAACACAGUAGCCGCCGGCACGCUAACGGGGAUUCUCUUCAAAUCAGCCAGUGGUCUGAGGGGAGUUGCCCGCGGGGGUCUGGCCGGUUUGGCCUUGUCUAGUGCCUACGCCAUCUACAACAACUGGGAACACCUGACCGGAACGUCGUCGUCAACCUCCAGGAUAUACUGAGAACCCCCAUGGCGCCCCUUUUCCACCUCCUCCUCCGACAUUAGGGCCAAAGUAUCCCCAGCAAAGACCACUCAGACCCCGUCAACACUUUCCAGGGCGGGAUGCUCGGCCUGCAUGGUUCCACACUUGAUUGGCAGCACGUGGCUCAAGGAGCUCCAGGCAAGCUGCAAGUGGACCUUGGUAACAUUGAACUCUGCCUUACAGUCAGUGCUACUGUGAUAUUUAUGAAUAAUGAGUGGUUAUUGAUGGUCAUUAUUAGUCUCCAUAAUACAUUAUGGUAAAUUCUUCCCCACCAUUAAAAAAAAAAAAAAACAGCAGUCAUCUAUUUUUAAAAAUACACUUUAUUGUAAAAGCAGAGCCUGCUCAGUGCAGGAAGAAGUCUCGGAUGCGCGUCCCCUCGAUCCAGUGGAUGUAUGUGGAGGUUCUGGUGAAGACGCUGGGCUUGUUCUCCACCGUGCACCCGAUGGGGCCGAAACUCACCACGCCGUGCACCUCCCAGCGGUCCCGGCCCAGCUGGCAGAGCAGAGGUCCACCAGAGUCGCCCUGGACAAGAAGGAAGGUUGGAUGGAUGGUUCUUCCAUUUCCACACUUCUCUCUAUAGCACGGGGGCCCAAAUACUUUGCCUCAGAGGCCAAAAGGGAAAAUGGGCCAAUGUUCCGCGGGCCAAACGGUUUGUACCAUGCGACAGCACCACGAGUGAGGUAUUUGUCAUUUAUAAUUAAUUUUUAGGCAGUAGCAACUGUCUCACAGUGGGUGUGCCUCAGUCACUUAGCAUACAACUCUUUCCUUUUAUGUACAAAACUUGCGAGGUUUGCAUAUAAUUCGUAAAUAAAAACAGACUACAA